AGAGUGGCAUUAGGACUUGCUGGAUGUGGUCAUUCUCACACACACACACACACUGAGUCAAUGCCCUUCCGUUCUCAUUUUCUUCAUUCGUAUUAUUCGUCCUGAAUGCGUGUGGCCUCGACUCAAAAUUUUUCUUCACACGUGUCCCAUUGCUAUAAGCCUUCCCCUCCUCAGUAAUCCCACUCUCUCUCCUCUCCAACCUCUCUCUUCUCCCUUUCUCUCACUAACUUACAUGGAACCUACAGUGCAGGAGGAAGAGGAACGGCUCGAGCGAGUUGAGUCAGUGGAUUCACUUCCUGACCUGGACCUGGCGUCGGCUAGCUCAGGCUUAUCAUCCAUGUUCAGUUCCGGAGACAUCUCCGCCAGGAGCGGGAGCUCCGGCGAAAUUCCAGCGGCCGAGGCUGUGUUGCCGCGGCUGCAGGAACCUGCGAGGCAGAAGUGCGUCGGAAGGAAUAAUAAAGGAGUCACGUGGGGUUUCACUUCCGUUAUUGGAAGAAGGAAGGAGAUGGAGGACGCCGUCGCCAUUGUACCUGGAUUCAUGUCGCACACGUGCGAUCACGUCGGUGGAUGUACGGCUCCCGGUUCUAGAACCUCCGCGGAAAUCUCUCCCGUUCAUUUCUUCGGCGUGUAUGACGGCCACGGCGGCUCGCAGGUGGCACAAUUUUGUGCCGAGAAAAUGCAUGGAGUUAUAGCAGAAGAGUGGGGCCGGGAAACAGUAGACGCCACUGAAUGGCAGAGAAGAUGGGAAGUGGCAUUUUCUAGGGGUUUUGAGAAGGCUGACAAUGACGUCUUGAGGGAGGAAAUUGCUUCAGAAAUGGUAGGAUCAACUGCCGUUGUUGUUGUUCUAUCUGGUUGCCAAAUUAUUACAUCCAAUUGUGGUGACUCAAGGGCAGUGCUUUGCCGAGGAACUGAAACAAUCCCAUUAACUGUUGAUCAGAAGCCUGAUAGACAUGAUGAACUCCUGAGAAUUGAAAGGGAGGGAGGGAAAGUCAUAAACUGGAAUGGUGCUAGGGUAUUUGGAGUUCUUGCCAUGUCCAGAGCUAUAGGUGAUCAUUAUCUAAAGCCAUGGGUAAUUCCAGUACCAGAAAUUACUUUCAUGACCAGGACUGAUGAGGAUGAGUGUCUGAUUUUGGCUAGUGAUGGGUUGUGGGAUAUCAUGUCGAAUGAAGAAGCUGGUGGGGUGGCUUGCCGCCUUCUAAGGAGGAGGCGUAGGUUAAUGAUGGCUGAUGGGGUUUCUCCAGCACAAGCUGUUGCCGAUAAUCUAACUGACAUAGCAUAUGGACGGAACAGUUCAGAUAACAUUUCUGUCAUUGUUGUUGAUCUAAAACCCAGGAGAACACGACAGCCGAGGCAAUGAAAGAGGAGGGAAGAAGGAUAAUUCUUUCAUCUUCCUUUUUCAUUCAGUUCCACGGCUGCAGGCAGCAGUAGUAAUUGUGUGAUUAAACAGGUAGCUGUGCAAUUAGCCAUUCUUCCUGGCGUUAGUCGAUCUCUCUGUCACAUAACCACAGCUCCCUUAAUGGAGUAAGGUUUGACACUGCAGAAAAUUUCAUCAAUAUCCUUCUUUUUACUGAUUUGGUCAAGUAGUACAUCGUGAAAGUGGAAAAAAGUGCUGCUCAUGAAUGUUUACAUACUGAAAAAGAUAGGAAAAGCUCAGAAUACCAUGCUUCCCAGUCCAAGGUAUUUGUUUUAUAUUCUUUUGUUCGUAGUAUCCCCUCCCCUUUCCUUUUUCAGUUAUUCUGAAGGAUGAACCAUUGUGAGUGUGUCCUUCAUAAUUCACAUUGCUCAUUCUUUGUUUUACUUAAGCGUUGGGGGAAAUAAAAUUUCUCCAAGUAAAGCCCCUUGUACAAUGGCAACUUUAAUGUUGAUAUUAAAUACAAUGAGAUUGGAAUGUAUAUAUUUUAUUCAAAAGAAAACUUGCCAAUUACU